UCCUGCUUCCUUGCGGUGUGCAGAUUGUAGAAAAUAAAUGUCAAAUAACGCAGAUGGUCAUCGCACAGAACGAAGUCGCGAGUCGCAGCGGCCUUAUUACCGAGGCGAGGAAAAAGCGGCGACUCCAGCGAGAACGUCGGAGCGUCGUCGUAUCCAGUUCUCGAGAAUUUGUGGUUACAAAGCGGUGCGGUUGCAAAGCGACGGCCGCAGUUUCUACCGAUGUGAAUGCUGCAUCGGAGGACCGGGAGGACUCGGGCUCGGGCUAAGCAGAGUCUGCUUGAAAAUAUUGUGUGGCUUCUUUGUUAUCUGCGCGCUUGGAGACCCGAUUAGAACAAAGAGAGAGCCUCCCAUAAGCUCGCAAUAUGGAGCACCGUUGAACGAUCACGGACCACCGUCGACGUCGUACGGGGUGCCAUCCGACUCUUACGGUCCACCGUCAAAGUCUUAUGGCGCACCCUCUGACUCGUACGGUGCACCACCUCCGCCCCCAUCGUCGUCGUACGGUGCACCAUCGGCGCCAUCAUCGUCGUACGGUGCGCCAUCUGGGCCUUCUUCAUCUUACGGGCCACCCUCACAGAGUUAUGGGCCACCAUCGUCUAGUUACGGCGUCCCAUCCGGCGGUGAUCACGGAUCCUUCGGCGACGAUCACGGCGCGGGAUCCCACGAUUUCGGCGGCGGCGGCGGCGGCGGCGGCGGCGGUGGUGGCUAUGGUGGUGAUCAUGGCGGCGGUGGCUAUGGCGGUGAUCACGGCGGUGGCGGCGGCGGCGGCGGCGGUGGCUAUGGCGGUAAUCACGGCGGUGGCGGUGGCGGUGGUGAUGGCUAUGGUGGUGAUCAUGGCGGCGGUGGCGGCGGCGGUGGUUAUGGCGGUGAUCACGGCGGUGGUGGCGGUGGUGGCUAUGGCGGUGAUCACGGCGGUGGCGGCGGCGGCGGCGGCGGCGGUGGCUAUGGUGGUGGUCACGGCGGAGGAUCUUUUGACAGUGGUCACGGCUCCUUCGGCGGUGAUCACGGAUCUAUCGGAGGCGGUUCGUUCGGUGAUCAUCACGGAUCGGGUGGUUUCGGCGGGGGCGACGGAGGCGGUUUCGGCUCGGGUCUUUCCGGAUCCUAUGGGCCACCUUCGGGAUCGUACGGACCUCCGGCGCACGAUCAACCGAAAGGCGUGUGGAAGAAGAAACUGGUGUGGAAGCCCGAAUGGAAGCAAAUCUGGAAGACUGAGUCCAAGCUGAUCUGGAAGCAAGAGUGGAAGAAGGUGCAGGUGCCGGUCUGGAAGGAAAUUCAAGUGCCUGCUUGGAAGGAGAUCAAAGUGCCAGCCUGGAAGAAGGUCCAAAAGCCCGUUUGGAAGGAGAUACAGGUACCGAUCUGGAAGGAGGUACAAGUCCCGGCUUGGAAGAAGGUCUGGAAACCUGUCUGGAGAGAAGUCCAGGUGCCGGUGUGGAAGGAGAUCCAGGUGCCCGACUGGAAGAAGAUUUGGGUACCGGAAUGGGUCAAGAUCGGUAUACCCGGUGAGCAAUACGUGGGCAAGGAUCAUCACGGUUGGCAGUAUACCAGUCACGAUCUCUGGAAGAAGAAGCUGAUCUGGAAGCCGGUCUGGAAGAAGAUCUGGAGAACCGAGAAGAAACAGAUCUGGGUGAGCGAGAAGAAAUUGGAGUGGAAAGCCGAAUGGAAGCAAAUCUGGCGAACGGAGAAGAAGCAGGUCUGGGUGACGGACAAGAAACUGAUCUGGAAGGAAGAAUCGGUGCAGGUAUGGAUACCUCAGAAGAAGCAGAUCUGGGUCACGCAGAAGAAGCAGGUGUGGAAAGACGAGUGGAAAAGCAAGUGGGUUCCGGUUUGGAAAGACGUGCAGGUACCGGCUUGGAAGAAGGUUUGGAAGCCCGUCUGGGAGAAAGUUUGGGUGCCCAUUGAGUCUCAUCACGAUGAAGGUCAUCACGGUUACAAGUAAGAUCGUCGUCGUCGUCGUCGUCGUCGUCGUCGAGGGUCACGCCGAUUUUGAUCUUCCUCCUUCCUUUGUCUAUUUCGCGGCUCGCUCAAAUGUCCGAGAAGCUGACUUUGCUGGAGAAUUUAAUGUAAGCUACUAGGAAAGUUGCUUGAACCUUAUAUAGAUUUGUGAUAAUUCAUUGGCCGCAAAUGGACACACGCAUCUCGGGAGGAAAGUCUCGGGAGUAAAAUCCGGCUGAUAGACGUAUGCCCGAAGAAGGGAAAGGCCUAUGGUUGUAACAGCUAGAAAGCAUCGCGACGAUGAGAUACGCACCGGAGGAAAUUUUUCAAACAAUUAUCCUGAUGCGCGUUUGCGUUACGCGUAUCCCCUUUGACACUCGACGAUUCUCUUCACGCAGCCUCGAAAUGCCUGAAUACUCGAUCGUCAGGAUCGAUCAUGAUACAAUGUUAUCUGCGUAUGUAUUAUGCAGACAAAAUGUAUUUCAGCAGAGGACAAAGUCAAACAAGUUGUCGCUAGAAAAGAAUGUCCAUGAUUUGUUAAAGAAUGAUGUUACAUCCUACAUGUCAUCUACAUUGGACCAAACGUAAUUCUUAAUUCAAUGCUCAGUAAUUAUAAUAAUGAAUUAGCGAGAAUAAACUUAAAUUUUAUCAUAAAAAUCCGAGAGAGAGAGAGAGAGUGAGAGAGAGAGAGAGAGAGAGAGAGAGAGAGAGAGAGAGAGAGAGAGAGAGAGAGAGAGACGGAGAAACAAAAAAGUGAGAAAAGAAAACGAGAAUCUCUUAUCCAUUUUCCAAUGUAGAUCGCAUGUACAUCAGCAUGUACAUCAGCAUCAGCAUUAAGCGAUAUACAGCAAACCUGUAUAUCGUUGAAGGAUUCAUCUAGCCUCGGGGUAAACAGAUUCAUAUUAUGCUUGAUUUAAUCCCCCAGUGUGUACAUAUCGUUUGAUUAUUGAAGUGCGUGCAUGUUAAUAUUUUUUAUAUGUUAAUAAAUAUUACUUCAUAUGCCACGGUCUUUUGCUCUUCCUCGCGUUUCGAUGGAUAAUUUCUUUCUUUCUUGUUGUCCGCAAUGUCGAGCAGCAAUUGACAUUUCGGAGAUGAAGAAUCAAUUCGGAAUUAAAUCGCGCCUGAAAAGCGCAACUAAUUCCGCACAUUGAUCGAUCUGACGAAUAAACGAGACGAAGAAGAAGAAUGAAGGGUGAAGGGAAACGGGUUUUUUUACACUUUUUAAAUAAAACAAUUUACACUUUUUAAAUAAAACAAUUUGAAUUUUUUCCACACAUUUA